AUGGGCAAGUUAACCAGCACAAUCGGUAUCCCGAUCAAGCUUUUGAACGAAGCGCAGGGUCACGUUGUCACCCUCGAAAUCACCUCUGGUGUCGUCUACCGCGGGAAACUCCUCGAGGCGGAGGAUAACAUGAACGUCCAACUGAAAGACAUUACCGUCACAGCGCGCGAUGGCCGCGUCUCGCAUCUCGACCAGGUUUACAUCCGCGGCAGCCACGUACGAUUCUUUAUUGUGCCGGAUAUGCUACGAAAUGCCCCCAUGUUCCGUACACGAGGACAGCGCGGCAGAGGUGUCGGUCUGGCGCGUGGUAAGGCGACGGUGCAGAGGGCCCGGGGACAGAGGAGAGGAUAGGUGUAUUGAAGAUGAAAAGGGGUCAAUCGGAUCUGGUCUGGCCGGCGUUGGAUGAACUUUUUCUUUUCUGUGUAUUUCGUUUGUUACAUGGCUGAGGGGAAAAUAAAUGACUUGAAUGGGCUGAG